ACUGCUGCUCUGGCUACGCAGCGCCAGUGUGGAAUGUAGCUCCAGCACUACGAGAGAGAGAGAGAGAGAGCGAGAGAGAACGACGCGGACGUGCGACCUGGACAAAACAUCAACACUAACUGGAUAAAACCACUUUAAAACUACAUUUCGGAAAGCUUCUGUAAUCCGCCGACGACUGACGACGGGAAUCGAGUCAGGGCUCUGUUUUGAGGGAUUUUGGCCGGAGUGAGUUGACGAAUUGACGGAUAGUUCUACCAAAGGAUUUGUGGGCGUGUUGGUGGCUUUGCCUUAUGAGAACUGCCUAGAAAAAUUCCGUCAGUGUGGGGCAUCUUACCUCAGACAUCCAUGAGUCUGGUCAGGCCAUGCUUUCUGGAACAUCAUGCUGUGCCACAUUGGCUCCCCUUUCAGGGUUUUAACAAGAAGAAUCAGUGAAUAAACUUUGAAGUUUCCACCAUUCUCUUGCUGUGGUGCUGUCUGCAGCCCUAAGAGAUCAUCCCCCAGCAUCACCACUCCACAGUACCAGAGCACAACACAAUCAAAACGUGUACAGCCUGUCACUACUCUACUGCCAUGAUGAAGAUGAUUGGAGUCCUCCUCACAGUCCUUGGAGCUUGCGUUCUUCUUUCUCUUCAAGCUGAGGGUGGGCAGAACCCAGACUACAUGCUGCAUGGUACAGGGAUGAAGCAUGGCUCAGACCCGAAAAGAUCGCAGGCAGCAGACGGCUCUACUGUGGCCCCAGAGGACGCAGCCCGCUUCCUCAGCUGCUACUGCUCGGGCCACUGCCCCGAGGAUGCCACCAACAACACCUGCGAGACCAAUGGGCAGUGCUUUGCCAUCAUCGAGGAGGACGAGCACGGGGAGGCUAUCCUUACCUCUGGCUGUAUGAAAUACGAGGGCUCUCACUUCCAGUGCAAGGAUUCACCCAACGCUCAGACGAGGCGGACGAUCGAGUGCUGUUCCACAGACUUCUGUAACAGAAACUUACAGCCUACUCUUCCACCUCCUAUUAUCCGAGAUCCCUUGUUUGGGAGCGCCCACUGGCUGGCCUUCCUGAUCUCAGUGACUGUGUGCUGCUUCACACUCAUAGCAAUUACAGUUGUGUGUUACUACAGGUAUAAGCUGCAGACGGAGCGGAGACGCUACCAAAGGGACCUGGAGCAGGACGAGGCCUUCAUCCCUGCUGGAGAGUCGCUCAAGGACCUCAUCAACCAGUCCAGCACAGGCUCCGGCUCAGGGCUCCCCCUGCUGGUCCAACGCACCAUUGCUAAGCAGAUCCAGAUGGUGCGUCAGAUCGGAAAGGGCCGGUAUGGGGAGGUAUGGCUGGGGCGCUGGAGAGGGGAGAAGGUAGCAGUGAAGGUAUUCUUCACUCGUGAGGAAGCCAGCUGGUUCAGAGAGACGGAGAUCUAUCAGACAGUAUUGAUGAGACACGAAAAUAUCCUUGGCUUCAUUGCGGCUGACAUUAAGGGCACAGGAGCCUUCACUCAGCUCUUCCUCAUCACAGACUACCAUGAGAAUGGCUCUCUGUACGACUAUCUGAAGUUCACCACUCUGGACACUCAGGCUCUGCUGAGGCUGGCCUACUCUGCAGCCUGCGGUCUGUGCCACCUCCACACUGAGAUAUACGGCACGCAGGGUAAACCCGCCAUCGCCCACAGAGACCUAAAGAGCAAGAACAUCCUUAUUAAAAAGAACGGAACCUGCUGCAUCGCUGACCUGGGUCUGGCUGUUAAAUACAACAGUGACACUAAUGAGGUGGACAUCCCUCUCAGUACACGGAUGGGUACACGGCGGUAUAUGGCCCCAGAGGUGCUGGACGAGACCCUGAAUAAGAACCACUUCCAGGCUUACAUUAUGGCCGACAUCUACAGCUACGGCCUCAUUGUUUGGGAGAUGGCCCGGAGAUGUGUGACAGGAGGCAUUGCAGAGGAGUACCAGUUGCCUUACUGGGACGUGGUUCCCUCAGAUCCAUCUUACGAAGACAUGAGGGAAGUAGUGUGUGUAAAGGGCAUGAGGCCUGCAGUUUCUAACCGCUGGAACAGUGACGAGUGUCUCAGAGCCAUGCUGAAACUGAUGUCUGAGUGCUGGGCUCAUAAUCCAGCCUCUCGCCUUACCGCUCUUCGAGUAAAGAAAACACUUGCCAAAAUGGUGGAAUCACAGGACAUUAAAAUAUGAGCAGUAUUUCCUCCAUAUGGCGGCAGAGGGAAAUUGACUCCUUUUGUAAUAUUCAUGCUCUAAAUAUGAAUUCUUGCCUCAGUUCCUAAACACAACUGUAGGGGGUGCUGUGGAGCAGAGCACUUCCAUUUCACUAGGAUCCCUCAUCUUGUUGCAGUAAUGCUCAGUGUCUGUGCAGCAUCCUCUACUGGACAGUACGUGCCAUGUCACAUCUACAGAGAAACUGGUGCAAGACACAGUCCAGAACACUCGGGUCAUGUGAAGCAGUGAUCCACGUGCUUCCCCAAUGUCAACCAUCCACUGCUCUAAGACUUCAGGCACUCUUAGUUUGGGAGAGAAUUGCCAUAUAAAGUGGUGCUUUCUGUGAAAGCCGUGAAAUAAUGAUAUAUGAUGGGUGUGGAGGAGUGAAAGUGAGAUGGCACCACAUGCCAUUGAAGCGAAGGACUGGAAACAAAGCCCAGGAACAUUUGGGAGAAAGCGGAGAGACAUAUGUAUCUGAAUGGAGGUAUUUUAGUGAUUAUUGCCAUCCAGCCAGCUGCUUGGACCUGUGCUACAAUGUGGCCAUCAGUCUCUAAAUGGCUGCUCUAAAUAUGGACCAUGUGCAGCAAAUGCCACAGGUGCAAAGGAAAGUGCACCCCUAUUUUAAACAAACUCUUGUGUCCCAUAUUAUCAUAGGAAAGUAAAUACUCCCCUUAACUACUUACUGAUAUUUAAAGAAAUAAUCCUGUGAAUUUGUCUUUUAUGUAUUCUCUGCUUUUUAAAAAAAUCUGUCAAUUUAAUGUUGAUGUGUUAAGAGUCUCCAUACAGAAACAGACAUGACAGUAGUUGGAUGACUAGAGGUGGGCUUGAAGGCUCUGUACAAGUCCAUCCUCACUAUAUGUUGCUCUUUCCUAAACUGAAGAAAACAAUCAAAGACUGACCACAGUCAUAUAUGCCACAAUGCUUAGCUAUAUGCUUUUAAAAGCAAGUUGCAAAAAGGGUCUCUUUGGACUGAUGCCAUAAAGGAACCACUUUUCAUUCCCUAAAGAACCUUUCAGUGGGUCACAUUCUUUAAAGAACCAUCUGUUGAAAGGUCCUUUAGGGAACCACACGUGGUUCCACUGACAUCAUACCAAAGGACCCUUUUUGGCGCCUUUAUUUUUUAGAGUGUUGGACUGAAGUGAUCAGUCAUGUGCUCUGUAUGAGCAUUAAAGCCAGUUUGGUUGCAUGUGGUGUAGAAACAGUCAAAAUACCAGGCCCCAUGUGUCAUUUAGCCUCUCCUCAUUUUAUCACAGACCCUCUAUGCCACAUGCCACUAAAUCACACUACUAAAUGUCACAGAGGAUCGUCUUGCCAAAUCUAAUAACAUGAGAGUUUUGGGAAAAGUGACUGAUUACUUUGCAAGGGAAUCUCAUACAUAUAUAAUGGGAUAGAAGAAUACGAUUGCAUGUGCUAUUUAUUCUAACCAUGUCGUAUUAAAUGAAUUAUUGUGGCGAGAAAAAGAACUUAUAGAACUAAGAAUACUGUUCUUGAAACUCAUGUACUCUAUAUUGUUACAGAACAGCUCAACACUAGAAAAAUGUACUCUGAUUUAAGAGUAUUAUUUUGCUUUUUUUUACUCUUUUGUUUAAGUUAAAAGCAGUUAAAACCUCAUUCCCUCCCUAAAUACCAGUACUUCUCUAGAAGGAAAUAUUGGAGAAAUAUAUAUUUUCAUGUUUCAUCUGACCUAAGAAAACUUGAGCAAAGCUUGUCCCUGCAGAUAGUUGGAUGUACUUGAGCCUAAUACGAACACUAACAAAAUAACAAAGUUGUUAUUUACAGCAUUAGCAGUUGCAAGAAAUAUACAGGGUAUAUCAAUCUCAGACGAAUAAAAAAUGAAAUGGUAUUGUGCUCAUGCAUUGUGCAGUAUGCCUAGUUAGCCCAAAUUACUGAAUAUCAGCAGUCCCUUGAUUCAAAACUUCAGUUAUUCCCUCCAAGAUAACCUACUUCACUUAACUUUUUGCCAGAAAGGUGCUACGGUAAAAAGGUUAAGUGACAGCAUUGUGUAUCUGCGGUCGCUCUAGUGAUUCUGGGAAAGGUAGUGCAUGAGAAUUCUGCAUCAUGGCACUGUUUAAAUGUAUGCAUUUUCCCAACCAGGCUGCCCAUGCAAUCCAUGUGUAGAUGCUAAUACACAGCAUCUGCACAUUCAAGGUCUGUCUGUUGCAACCCAUGCUGGUCACCCUGUUCUUAAUGAAAAUGUCUUGUAGCCAGUAGAAGCUUAUCUGUAUAAUUAAAUAACUACAGAAUCUGUCAUGUUUGUCUUACAUGUCCACUGUGCAAAAGAAAUGUGUAGAAAGGCCUGAAAAAUAAUUUUUGUUUAUAUUCUGUACAGCAUCUGAGUUUAAGAAAGGUGCCUUAUGUUUACCAAGAAAAGCUGUUCUGUAUACAGAAUUUUGUCCAAUGUAUCAAUUUUUAAGUAAAUUACAUUAUUUUAGUA